AUGAACAAAGUAGUAUAUAUUUUAUCCUUCAUUUACUAUUUAAACGUCUGUGUUGCUAAUAAUUGGGCCACGUAUCCCAAAGUCCCAAAAACCGCAUCCAUCAACGGAUUUGCUGAUCCAAUUUACGCGUUGUUGCCAGAAUGUGCCAAAGAGUGUGUUAAGUUCUCUACUGGUAACACUCCAUGCCCAUACUGGGAUACAGGGUGCUUCUGUGUUAUGCCUCAAUGGUCUGGACUUGUUGGACAGUGUGUUGCUGAAAAAUGCGCUGGUUCUGAUGUUGUUGUCGCUACUUCAUUGGCUACCUCCUUGUGUUACAGGGUUGGAGCAAACACAUGGAUGAUGCCAGCUUCCAUCUCGACUGAACUUUCUGUAGCAGCCGGUGACGCAAAAGAAAUUGCUACCACAGAUUCAGCUGACUCUCCAUCGACUGACUCUCCAUCGAGCGAUUCCUCCGAAAUCGCCAGCUCUUCU